GGCAUUUUCGCCUCUUUGUUUUACUGAUAGUGGAUUUAACUCGGAUUCAGCCCAAUAUCAAACGGAGAGCUUUAUUCAUAAACAGGUGUGUGAGCAGCAGAACAGGAUGAAGCAUUAAUGCCAGCCUCCAUCUCCUAGAAGAAGCCUGGCUGCCCCUCUCUCUGCAGUAGACACAUGGCAGCAUUAGGGGUAAGUUAAAACAACCCCGAGAUGCUUACAAGAAAGAUCAAACUGUGGGACAUCAAUGCCCACAUUACAUGUCGCCUGUGUGAGGGGUACCUGAUCGAUGCUACCACUGUCACCGAGUGCUUACAUACCUUCUGCAGGAGCUGUUUAGUGAAGUACCUGGAGGAGAAUAACACAUGUCCCACAUGUAGGAUUGUCAUUCACCAGAGCCACCCACUGCAGUAUAUCGGCCAUGAUAGAACAAUGCAAGACAUUGUCUACAAAUUGGUGCCAGGACUGCAAGAAGCGGAGUUGAAAAAGCAGAGAGAUUUCUAUCAGAAGCUGGGCAUGGAGGUACCAGGGGACAUCAAAGGAGAACUGUGCAACAUGAAACCACACCUGGACUCUCAGCGUAAUGGUGACGUGAAGUCAGAGGAUGCUGCCAGUAAGGAAGGACGUGAUGAAAAACCAGAGGAGGACAACGAUUACCAUCGCAGUGAUGAACAGGUGAGCAUCUGUCUGGAGUGCAACAGCAGUAAGCUCCGUGGCCUGAAACGGAAAUGGAUCCGCUGCUCAGCUCAGGCUACUGUCCUCCACCUCAAGAAAUUCAUUGCCAAGAAGCUCAACCUGACCUCCUUUAACGAGCUGGACAUUUUAUGCAAUGAAGAAAUCUUGGGCAAGGACCACACCUUAAAGUUUGUUGUGGUGACGAGAUGGAGAUUUAAGAAAUCCCCCCUCCUCCUGCAUUACAGACCCAAAAUGGAUUUGCUGUAGCCGGACAGGAUGGUUGUUUUGGCCCAGCGGUCCAGGUCUGGGCCGCAGACUGUUUAAGCAGAGACUAUCAAUGGCCACACCAAACAGACCCCGCUCCCAGGGGUCGCUCGCACCAGACACGAGCCAACAGACAAAACUCGCACCAGCUCAGUUCCUGCUACGCUGGGGGUUCUGCAAAACAGCCACGCUUUACCCUCACUGUUCGUCCGCUACGUCCUAGAUAUGUGAACAACCAAGAGAAAACAUAUAUUUAUACUUUUGUACAGAAAUAAGGCAUGGACCUAAGACACUAAUGGUGCUCUGUUUACACGCAAGCAACAAAUAAACAACGCAAACGACAGAAAACGAAGCGAUUUUCUACGGACGGCGUCCUCUCUCCCAGAUCCAGCAGCAGGCAGGAAGGUGGCUCCGUUUGGACACCCAGGCUGCUCUCUGGGGGAGGAGGAGCUCUUCACUGUCCACUCUCUUUCAGGUCAACAGCUCAACACAGACUUGGGAGCACAGAAAGUAUAAGUAUACGACAGUUGGUUCCUGCGCAUACGAGUUGUGAAUCGUCUCAGAGCAUUUUUUUUCCCUCUUAUUGAGUCACUGAAAGUGGAAUUGUGAAUAGACAAAUUUUUGUGUAGUAAUUUAUGUUCUAUUUACAAGUAUUGUACAUACAAAUUGUUACAGCAACGCAAGAGAAAUAAGAGUUGAUAGAUGAAUUGUAUGAGUGAGUGUGCAUGCGUGAGAGAUAUGGAUGGACAGACACAGAGAAAGAUUGAAUGGUAAACUGAGACUGUUUAGAAGGCUUGUGUGUUUGUCUGCAGAUGUGUGACAGCAGAGGGACACAGAGAAUCCAAAUGAAUUACGUAGUCAUAUUUUAUCAGAAUAGGUCCUUUCUCAGUGGGGCACCAUAUCUCACUCAACACAAAAACUUGUGCUCUUUUGUAUAAUUGAAGGGGAUAUUUCAGUGUCUAAGUGUGGGGAAAAUGGCAGUGAUCUAAAUCAGAAGCAAUUUUGAAAUGACGAAGUGCUUUUAAACCAUUCUCCCAUGUUGUUAAUUAGGCACUGCAGAACCAUUAAAAUUGUGUAAUGAUGAAUCGUUAACUUAAGGCAUAUUAGUCAUGUAAAAUGUAAUCACACUUCAAAUGAACAAGCUGCCAGCAUUAAAAAAAAAAAAGGAGAAACACUAGCUUGUUCUGGAACAAGUAGGGUUGCUAUAUUAAAUGUUUUAAAUGAAAAUAAAAUUCCAUAGUGUCUCUGGACAUGAACAUAACGCAGCACAGAAAUGUACCUAUCCCUGCAUCUAUCCCCUGAGGUUUCCUUCACCCAGAUGUAGAAUCAUAUAUGCAAUACAUAGGCUUUAUCACUCAUUAACAUGAAAGAACAUAAACAUUUAGGCCUACAUGGACGCUUUAGUAGCCCUCUCCUCUACAGAAAGAAUGUAGCCCAUAUGGCCAUCCGUACGUGCGGUGCACCUCUUUUGUUUCGCUACCUUUAGUGCCAAAGGCUUAAGAACACCCUUCAGGCUUCAUGUUUAUUUUGUAUGGCAAGCUGUGUGGAAGGCAAAGUGGUGAGGUCACGCCUUUGACCUUAGCAGAACCGAAUGAGGAAGAGCACCGAAUAACCAGACGCUGUGGGUAGCCGCCAUCCUUCUUUUUGAGGUUUCGCAAAUAAAAGAUUUAGCAUAAUUGUUUUAUUCCUUGUAAGCCGGAGCCCUCGCUCAAGGUAUAGAGUUGAUCCAUUAUAUUUGGACUUCGCUGUCGAAGUUCAUGGCUUUCACUGACGGAUGUGUUUUGCCUGAUAUCACAAGCACGUUUUAAAGGGCUCUCUGCAUUGAAACUUGCUGUUUUCUCACGAUCAAGUCCUCAGUGAAGAGAUAAUCAAGGUGAAAGUUUUUGAUAUUAAAAUAUUUAACUAAUUUUUACUAAACUCUUGCCUCCUUUUUUGGCAUGCAAACAACUUGAUAGACAACAAAGUAGAACAAAUGAGGUCUCGUAGCUCUUCAUAUCUGUCUACUUUGACACGGGUAAAUGCCAAAACCAGCUUGACCAAAUCUCAUUUUAUUUGGUUCUCAGAGUUUUUUGUGCGUUAAUACAUGAGUCUUCAUCUUAUUUUGUGUUUUAAUACUACAAUCGUGCAUCAAACCUCUUGCCUGUAACGUGUAUCCCUUAAUUCUGGAUGUAAUUACCUUCUAUGGAUACAAUUACCUUUCUUGAUGUCUUAUAAUGUGAAAUAUUUCAGUACAUACUGAAGAAACAUUUAUGCUUUACUUUUUUUAAGCACAAGUUUUGCUUAAUGUCAUUCUAACAUGGGUUUUUGGUUUUUGAGCCUGUCACAUUUGGUUUAUUUAUGAACAAAGCCGCACAUUUCUGCAGCUGUUCUUCAUUUCCAGUGAGUCUUGUUCAUGUGUAUGCGGGUCACUUCAAGUUGUAAAUGACUAGUAUUCAUUACUGGCGACCACCAGUUUACCACAGUGUGUACUCAAGAAUGGUCCAUAGUGGAACAAAUAUGUGUUAAAUGGUUUUAUUUAGUGCUUUUCCCACCUGGACUUUUAUUUUAUCUUGUGUGAGUACAGUUCAGGAAUUGUGGCAAGUGGUUCAUGGACCAGGACUGAGGUGGCUUUUCUUCCUGUGUCGUUUGCCAUGGUGAAGGCUGGUGGGGUCUGUCUUUCUUCUGAGCUGAUAAAUGGUGCUAACAUUUUAUACAUUUGGUAUAUAUAUAAAAAAGAACCCUUACCAUGGUGCAGAUCAGCGGUGAAUGGUAAAAAGUAUUUGUAUUUUUUGUCGUUUUUCUCGCUUUUUUGACGUGUUUGGUGCUCUUGAAUUUUGUAAAGCUCUUUUCUCCAGCCUGUCUGAAACAGAUGUCUCUGUUUUAUUUUGUGUUGGGUUUUUUUUGUUUUUUUUUUGGUUUGUUUUUUUGUUGUCCUUGUGAGUUAUGGAAUCAGAACAGGAAGAACAGUAAAACAGAAAUGUCAGGGCUGCUCUAUCCACAGUGACGCUCACGAUACCAAGCUUAAUUACAGAGCUUUUCCACAUGGAGUCAACAUUCCCACUCUUGGCUCACUUCACUGGAUCUAAGCGUGGUUCCAAUCUCCAUUCACUUCUCAUCAUCUGAGCUUUUGCUCACCAUUGGUCAGAUGUGAGAAAAUAUCUAACCGUUAAGACGGUUUUAUCCGGUUCCAAGGCUCAACACAAGGUUCGGUUGAGCCACGCCUCGCCCUUGGAGGACGGCUGCCGAGUAUUUGCGCAGGCCCGCGUUUCCUUCGUCUUAUCUGGGCUGCGUUGAGACGGGGGCUGCUGCACCUGAUGGGCAGGCUGUAAGAGGCUUACCCAAGGCCCACACCGUUGCCCUGCAUGCUCUGAGCUCCAGUCAGACCUGGAUAGAGCCAAGAGGGAGAUAAUGAUGGCCAGACUCUGCUGCUUUCAGUGGUGAGCCAACUGCUUGGCCUUGGAAUCAUGAGGAGACUGCUUUGCUCAGUGAUGCUCAGACUGGAGUACCCUGUCCUCAAGUCAAGGUUUCGACUGUGAUUUUGUUCAGGAAUCGUCUUUUGCAUUUGGGCCCGUCUCACUGAGAAGAGUCCCUAUCCACCCAAAGGGUGACCUCUGUCCAUUGGUCAAAAACUUCAAAGGCAGGGCCCUCCCAGUCUUGAAUGGGCUUUUAAAUUGUGAUAGUUUUGUUCUAGGUUGUAAUGUUUUCUCUUGUCUCUGAACUUUCAGUAGCUUGAGCUGUAUGUGUGUGUGCUGUGUUGAAAACAAAUGAACAUGGAUUUUCUUUUGGAGGGUGGGUGUGAGUGUGAGAGAGAGACGAGGAGUGAGAGUAGCUAGAUAAUCCUUCAGAUGGAGGCACUGUGAGGCCAGUCACCAGCACAUCCUUCCCCAGUAUGCCUCACUGCUAGGACUGCAUUUUAACCACAUUUCCAUGGUUACACUGAUGGAAAAAUGAGGAACAAUUGGUUGGUGAUUGGUGGUUGCUAGGUGUCUCAGAACAGCUGAUCAGUUGAUGGUUUUGACGUCAGUCACCACCACACCCACCUGUGGAAAUUUGUGAAAGGCAAGAGUGCUUUUGAAUCUGUGUGUCCUUCAGAUAGCUGUGGGUUUGAAUUUAUUUCAUUAAUACAGAGUGAUUUUCAGGAACCAACCUUCACAGUGGCACCUCCCAAUGAGCCAUAUAUACUGUUAUUUUUUGUUUUUGUCCAAACUUUGUUUUUAAAAUAUUAUUUAUUUAUACUGUAGAGUCCUACAGUAGCCUGUUUUGAUAUGAAAUGUCAAGAAAGUCGCUGUCCUUUUGUGUAUUCAUUUCCCCCUUUUGAACAUGCACAGGACUUAAAAAUGAAAAAAAUGUCAACCCAUCUACUUUCCUUCCCAUCUUUCUGCGUGUGAUAUCACCUUUAGUUCUGUUAGUGGAGGUGAAAUUAUGUCUACAUUAUUGCCCAAAAUGUCUGUAGUACUCCUGCGAUAAGGUUAGAACUGCAAAAACCUCUCAUUUUAGGUUGGGUGAUUCAUUGUGUUUGCGAGGAGGAAUAAUGUGCAAUAUACAUCUCUCAGAUGGUUUCUGGUUUCAGCUCUAGAAACUCCAUUUCUGCUUUUCUUUCUGUCAGGUGCUCAGGUCACUAAUAGAGUCUUUUCAGUCCUCACCACAUAGAUUCUAUGGCUGCCUGUGAGGCUCAGAUCACACUAUUUUUUCUUAUUCAUUUUCAGCCUUUUGUUGAUUCCUUUGCGGUAAAUCCUUGGCACUUAAUGUGCCAUUUUUUUUUCUUCAUUAAUUGUAUUAUGAUUAUUUAUUGCACAUGUAAUAAAAAAAGGUUUCCAUGGCUACAUAUAAAGGAGUUUUAGUUUAAAACUUGGCUGGAGUUUCUUACAAUUUUAUGAACGCUUUUGUUGAAAAAUUAAAGUGUGUAUUUCAUGAAUA